UCGUUUCUAUGCCUUGCGGCCGUGGCCAGGUCGCAUCUUCUGAUCACGUACCCAGGAUCGAAAGGAUACAACCUAGCGGUCAACGGCUCCGUAGUGGACACUAACGGUCUCAGUAUCGGGACUGACCCCGACACCGAUGAUCCCAUAUAUCCCUAUGGCGAGCAAUGGCUUUUCCCAUGCGGCGGUCUCCCCGUCUCCCAAAACCGCACAACCUGGCCCGUAACCGGCAACGGCGCCCUCAGCUUCCAACCCGGCCUACAAGCCGGGCACUCCACCGCCAUGCUCUCCAUCAACCUCGGGCUCGGCACCAUCCCAAUCAACUACAGCCUGCCCAUGGUCCCCAUCUUCUCCAUCACUGGCCCUACGAACGAACAGUACUUCGACGCUCUCUGCCUGCCUUCGGUUCCUUUCCCCUCAGGUGUGAGUCCUCGCCCGGGCGACAACGCCACGAUUCAGAUUGUCGAGGCCGAUAAAAACGGCGCGGCGCUGUACAGCUGCGUGGACGUGACAUUCGUCGAGGCGGGGGAGGUUACCGCGCCGGGGGACGGGACAUGUGCUAAUUCGAGUAGUAUCAGUUUCCAUACUGUGUCGACG